ACUCCUUUCUUCAUUCAACCAACCAUGGGAUUCGCAGAGUACUUCUCCAUCCCCAUCUUCUUCAUCAUUUUCAGGGAGACAGCCGAGGCUGCCAUCAUCGUCUCGGUCCUGCUCUCCUUCCUGAACCAGGUCAUCGCCGACGAUGUCGCUAUGCGGAAACGACUCUCUCGUCAGGUCUGGGCAGGGACCGGCCUCGGACUGUUGGUGUCGCUCGCCAUCGGAGCCGGGUUUAUCAUUAUCUGGAACCUAUACGCUACCAACCUCUGGGCAGCAAGCGAAGGGAUCUGGGUCGGCUGCUUUUCCUUUAUCGCCGUCUUCAUGAUCACAGUCAUGGGUGUGGCCAUGCUCCGGACCAACCAAAUGCAAGAGAAAUGGAAAUACAAACUCGGGAAAGCCAUGGAUGACGAGAACGCUCGCGGACUCGGAAACCAAUCCCGGAAAUACGCCCUCUUCCUCCUCCCGCUCGUCACGGUCCUGAGAGAGGGACUUGAGGCAGUGGUGUUUAUCGGAGGCGUCACCUUCAAUGCUGACCCGAAGGCGAUUCCCUUCGCCGUCCUCGCUGGCGCCGCCCUCGGCUUGAUGAUCGGCUUUGCGAUCUAUCGUGGUGGAAACAAAAUGAAGUUGCAUCCGUUCUUUGUGGGAUCGACUUGUUUGCUGCUCUUGAUCGCCGCAGGGUUGGUGGCCAAGGGUGUCGCGGCGUUUGAGGCCGAUCGCUGGAUCAGGUUGACGGGUGCUCAGUCGGAUGAUGCGGGGACCUUUGAUAUGAGAGUGAACCUGUGGGGGCUCAAAUGUUGUGAUCCUAAGCAGCCGGAUGCAGGAUGGUGGAGUGUUGCGAAUGCUAUGGUUGGCUGGAGCAACGUGGCAUCGUACUGGACGGUCGGCUUCUAUAUCGCGUACUGGGGGGUUGUCAGUGCCUGGCUCAUACGGCUGAAGAGCAAGAGAGUGAAGGCGGCCAUUGAGGCUGCUACCCCCGGAACGAUCGGAAGACCACUGCUGGCGUCUUUGGCGGACGGUCGAGUCAGUGGUGAGGACAAUGGAGAGAUGUAUCGGCCUGUGAUCGCGUCAACGGCGGGUUAUCCAAGCGAACUGAGCUUAGGAGGUACGGAUGAGCACAUUGGAAGUGUGACAAGGCGACAUGAUGGCUAUGGCAGUGUUUCUGCAUCGGCCGGGGGAGCUGGACCUGCAGAGACCGAUCGACGCGAAUGAUAUGUCAUGGCGCCACUGGGCCCAUCAUCUUUGGUCCCAGCGGUGCCGCGGCGGUCGUUUGUCAGCGGGGCUACUUCUCUUGGGAAGAAACAAGACUGAGCCGCGCUUUUUUUCUUCUUCUCGGGGCUCGGGUUCCUUUCGUGUAUAACCAUUCUGUACUCUAUGUAUUUAGCAUCUUUUGUUUCUGUCACUGUCAUAUAAAAACUGCUCUCGCUUACUCCA